UGUAGGUGGUGAUUUGAACGCAGUGUCCGUACAGACGUAAGCAGUGACUUCAUACUCAUUUUUCAGCGCACGUCCAGUAGCCAUUUCUCCAGGAUUAAACAUGGAUAUAUCGACAUAAAAACCAACGGCAUAGCCUACUUUGAACCGUAAACGCGUUAAAGACGACACGGACGAUGACGUGAGACGCAUUUUAUGUCGGUUUUCGCGACCGGACUGCUCGUUUUAUGUGGAUGCUUUUUUUUUUUUUUUUUUUUUUUUUUUUUUACCCCUCAGCUGCGGUGCGUUCACGUACACCUCUUGAAAAUAAUAAUAAUAAAAAAAAUGAGCUGUUUCAAGCUGAAUCAUGAUGCAGACACCAGUUCCAGAGGUGUACUACAGAGGAGGCAGCAAUGGCGGAGGCAGCAGACGCUGUCACCAUCAUGCGCUUCUUUAUAGAGGAAUGACGCCGAAGCGGGCGAAUGAAUGAGCCUUCAGUCAUUACAAUGAACACCACGGUUACACCAUCAGACCUGGUGGAUGUGCCAAAGCCGCAAACCUUCAAUGGUACCCUGGGCACUCAGACCCCAUCAGGUUGGGCCGUGAUCCACACCGCAACCCUGACUUUCUGCUCCAUCCUCCUCAUCUUCAACUUCUGCCUGGGAUCAUAUGGCAACCUCGUGGUGUUCCUGUCCUUUUUUGACCCAGCGUUUCGCAAGUUCCGAACCAAUUUCGACUUCAUGAUUCUCAACCUGUCCUUCUGUGACCUAUUCAUCUGCUGCGUGACUGCCCCCAUGUUUGCGCUGGUUCUCUUUCUAGAUGCUGGCGGGGGAGAUGGCGUGUCGAAGAGCUUCUGCUUUGCCUUCCACUUGACCAGCACGGGCUUCAUCAUCAUGUCACUGGAGACUGUAGCUGUUAUUGCCUUGCACAGAUUGCGCAUGGUCCUGGGCCAGCAGCCCAACCACACCGCCUCGUUCCCCUGCACGCUGGUCCUCACCGCCUUGCUGUGGACCUCCAGCUUCACCUUGGCCGCCCUCCUUACAAUGCGUGCUUACCCACGUAGAGAUGGACCAUGCUUGCCUCACUUUGGCCUUGGAGGUGGACAGGCCAGAGUUGUAUUAUACGUCUACCUGGCAGACUUUGCUUUUUGCGUAGCCGUGGUGUCUGUGUCCUACCUGAUGAUUGCCCAGACACUCAGGAAGAAUGCACAAGUGAGGAAAUGUCCAAUGAUCACUGUUGAUGCCACGUGUCCUCCACCACCACUGCCUCUCAUUGCAGCGGGCUUUGAAAAUAUGCAGUGUGCAGUUCAGGGUCCCUCCCUCUACCGUAACCAGACUUACAACAAACUGCAGGCAGUCAACACGCACUGUUAUGCAAACAGGAGCAGCCAGCCUCUGGUUCCUGGGGCUGCUCAGGGCGCCACCUGCUGCCAGCUAGUGUCUACAGUCAACCUGGCCACAGCCAAAGACUCUAAAGCAGUUGUCACCUGUAUUGUUAUCGUGUUCUCUGUGCUACUUUGCUGCUUGCCUAUGGGGGUCUCUCUGGCACAGGACGUUUUAUCACCUGAGAGCAGCUUUGCACAUUACCAGUUUGAACUGUGCUGCUUUGUGUUAAUUUUUCUCAAAUCGGGCAUCAACCCCUUUGUGUACUCACGCAAUAGCGCAGGCCUGCGUCGCCGCGUGCUAUGCUGCCUUCAGUGGGCAGCACUUGGAUUCUUCUGUUGCAAGCAAAAGACCCGCCUACAUGCGAUGGGCAAAGGCAGCUUGGAAGUCAAUCGCAAUAAAUCUUCCCAUCACGAGACCAACUCUGCCUACGUUCUCUCACCCAAACCACCGAGGAGACUGGUGGACCAGGCUUGUGGGCCUAGUCAAUCAAGGGACUGUGCCGGUAGUCCAAGGGCAACAGGCGGGCGCAAACCACGUCCCCCAAGUACCUCAACACCUAUUAACACCCGUAUUGAACCCUACUACAGUAUCUAUAACAGCAGUCCCUCAGCAGGGCCCAGCACUCCUACUAGCCUGCAGCCUGUUGGCUCGCAGACAUUCGCCUUCGCUAAGUCCUACGUAGCCAUGCACUACCACACGCACCAGGAUGCACUGCAAGACUUUGAGAGCACCUCGGUGCACCAGAUUCCAAUCCCCUCGGUCUAGCUGUAGCUCAGAAAAGCUCGGACGCUAUUGCCAUGCAGUUAAAUAUGUGAAUCAAGAAUACAGUAGUAGCCCAUUUCCUGCAUUUGCAACCAGAGUUCUUUACUGCAGAAUAUCUAUUGUACAUGUAAAGCACUUAGUGGAAAAAAAUUAACAAAGAUUUGUCAUGUAUUCAAUAUAUAUAUUUUUUUUAGGGACUGCAUUUCCACAUUAUACUGCCGAGGCGUGCACGGUCUUGCCAUUCCAAUCAUAUACGUAAUAGGUUUUCAUUCUGGCCUCAGACUUCAAUAGUUGAUUUCACUGCUGCCUCCUCUCUUGAAGAUGCUGAUAUCUGCUGCUCUGAGGAUGUGGUUCUACAAACUCUGCAUAGGUCCAUACGUGGCUGCGGAUGGCAUGUGGUUGCAAAUUUGCUUCUGAAAUCAAACUGUAUUUGUGAAGCUCAUACAAUUUUUAACUCAAUAAACAUUUGGCAAGUGCA